AUACUUGCAAACACGUGUGCCCAUGUCACAAUGUAACAUCUACAAUUUGUGGGUCUGGAAUCCAACUUCUCAAUUUGUUCUGCUCACUACAAUCUUUACACAAAAUGCCAACCUUUUGUCUUGUAAUUUUCUCUAUGCAUUCUCUACUCAUGCCAGCUUCCUAUUCAGGAAAGAUAGUGAUCAAACUGCUCAUUUCUCCUUUUGAUCAUCUCUGACUCCAACUACCAUCUCAUAUUGUUAUCUCUACUAUUAAAACCUUCUUUUACAAGUACAAAUUUCUCCACAAAAAUCUCUCUUCUUUCAUAACUUAACUCAAACAUCUCUCCUCCAGAUAGUUCGACAUGAAGUUACUAGGUUGGAUGCACUCUAAACUAAAACAAAAAGGGAAUGAGCCAGCAAACAAUACUACCAUAGUAGGAAAUUCCGCUACAACUUUCUCAGCUCACAAGGAAUUUAAAAGCAAUGGAGCAGAAAAGGUGUUUCAAGAAGAACAAUUUGAUGAAUUCUUCCCUGGCUUCUUGGCAAUUGGUACUCUGGGUAAUUAUCAGACAACUAAUACUGACCCUCCAACGCCAACGUUUCCUAUGCCCUUUGAGCAUGUUGAAACAGACAGCUGCAUAACAGAGAAAGAACUAAAGUUCAUAAAUGAUGAGCUUGAGAAGUUUCUUGAAGUGAAAGUGAAUGAAGAAGUUGCUUAUCAGCCAUCAGAAAGAACCAUUGCCCUCAGUGACCACAAACACAUUGAAACAGGAGCCACUGGCAACAUGGAAGAAUGUCCACUCCAGAAAUAUCUCUUGGGAUCUUCAGUUGAACUGCAAGAGAUACAGUCCGAGGUAAAGCUAAAGCAACAAAAAGGAUUCCUAGAAGAGUUGUUUAAGAAGAAAAACAAAUUUGAACAAGGUCAUGAAGGAAAAGAGAAGAAACAAGGCAAGAAAAAACAUGCAGCUCAUUUAAUGAAAAAGAUAUUGCAGAGCCUCCAGCCCAAAUCAAAGAGCUCUACUACAGGUUCUUCUAAAGGAAAUAUCACUGGAUCUGUUUCAAGCAAGAAGAAACUACCUCAGGUCCUUAAAAUGUUCCACAGAAAAGUUCAUCCUGUGAAUGAGAACAAUCUAGAAGAUAAUGAGACUAGCAACAUUGUUUUCUGCAAGGCUGGUAAUCUAGGAGCAAUUAGUGAAGUGAACACAAAAUUUUCUCCAAAGAAGGUAGUAAUAAACAGAGAGCACUGGAUUAAAACAGACAGUGAUUACUUGGUGCUGGAGCUGUAGCUGGCAAAAUGUUGGAGAAAUUAAGGUGUACGUCCACUAGUGAGCUGUGGUGUGAGCCCAAUGUUAAUGUAAAGAAUAAAGGAGUACCUUCAUUCUUUGUGCUACUCAAAAGUGUGGGCUGUAUUCAUUAUGUUUGAUGAAUUGUUAAGAAAUUAAAGUCAUAUUGUCUUAAAUGAUGUGUGAAGGUAGACAUGUAUGUUUCAUGAGAAAAGAUCCAAUUAUUAUUCCCUUUGUUUCUUUAGCCAUGAAAAAUAAUUUCUACUUUGUAUAUAUGGUCCAAUCAUUGACAUGUCACUAGCUUUAAUUUUUUGUCUGUCUACUGAAAAAUAAUGGAUCGGAGUAACGUAACAAAAAUAUUCCUUAAGCACAACUUGUUGAUAAUUGUGUUGUGUCAAAAGUGGCUCCUUCUGUUAUAUGCUUCCUCUGUCCCCAAUCCAAUGUGGUAUAUCAUUUUUACA